AAAAGAACAUCUCUCGCCAAGGUUUCGACCAUUUUCAGCGUUCAAGUGGUUCCAACCGAAUCUGAUUUUCUUUUGCUCUUUUUUUUUCCUCCCUCAAAGUUUGCAAAGAAAUUGCAGAAAAGCGAUGUGGAAAGCAGCAGCUGGUCGUUCCGUCUCGGUUACCGUUGACGAUGGCGCCGACGACUGGGAGACGGAUCCUGACUUUGAGAAUGACGUGACCGAGAAAGAGCAGCGAUGGGGAGCAAAAACAGUGGUGGGUUCCGGGCAUCAGGAGCACAUCAACAUCCACCAGCUGCGUGAGAAGGUGUCGUCUGAGCACAGCGAUCUGAAACAGCGUGAGCUGGAGAACAUGCCCAAAGCCUCGCACGGUUACGGGGGAAAGUUUGGUGUUCAGGAGGACCGAAUGGACAAGUCGGCUGUGGGUCACGAGUAUCAGAGUAAGCUAUCGAAGCACUGCUCCCAGACAGACACAUCGAAAGGCUUUGGGGGUAAAUUUGGAGUUCAGAGUGACCGUGUGGACCAGUCUGCUGUAGGGUUCGAGUAUGCCGGGAAAACCGAGAAACAUGCCUCACAGAAAGAUUACACCACUGGUUUUGGGGGUCGGUAUGGUGUUCAGACUGAUCGUGUGGACCGGAGUGCUGUAGGCUUUGAUUAUCAGGGAAAAACGGAGAAACACGAAUCCCAGAAAGAUUAUGCAAAAGGAUUUGGUGGGAAAUAUGGAGUGGAAACUGAUAAAGUGGACAAAAGUGCAGUGGGCUUUGAAUAUCAGGGCAAAACGGAGAAACACGAGUCGCAGAAAGACUACGUGAAGGGCUUCGGAGGAAAGUUUGGCGUGCAGACGGAUCGUGUGGAUAAAUCCGCUCUUGGCUGGGACCAUCAGGAGAAACUGCAGCUUCACGAGUCUCAGAAAGAUUAUUCGAAAGGGUUUGGAGGGAAAUAUGGAGUGCAGAAGGACCGAAUGGACAAGAGUGCAGGAACAUUUGAAGAUAUUGAGAGACCCACCACUACUUAUCAGAAGACCAAACCAGUUGAAGCAGCCGGCAGAGGAACAGGAAGCAUCAAGGCUCGUUUUGAGAAUCUGGCCAAGCAGAAUGAGGAAGAGGACAAGAAACGGGCGCUGGAGGAGAGAGCCAGACGCCAAGCCAAGGAGAAGCAGGAGCAAGAGGAAGCUUGCAGAAAGGCAGAGGAGCUGGCCAAAGUUAAAGAUCCUUCCCCUCAACCCAGCCCUACCUCCACCACUGAGACCUACCAGUAUCAGAUUCCUGAUUCACCGAAGAAAGUGGAGGAUACCGAGGAGCACGUGUAUGAGGUAGAGCCGAGCACACAGCCGGAUGAACUCUACCAGAGCCCAGAUCAGGAGAACCUCUACCAGAGCCCAGACCAGCCUGACCAGUACCAGGCUGAAGGUAACAUCCAAAAGCUUUUUGGGACACAGCAACCUAGAGAGGAUACUCAGUCUUAUGAUUAUGGCGAGGACCUGGGGGUGACUGCUGUGGCUCUGUACGAUUAUCAAGCUACCGGUGAUGACGAGAUUUCCUUCGACCCAGAUGACAUCAUCACCAACAUUGAGAUGAUUGACGAGGGCUGGUGGAGGGGCGUGUGCAGGGGGGCUUACGGACUUUUCCCUGCCAAUUACGUCGAAGUCCGGCAGUAAGCCCUGCCCAUCGGCCACGCCCACCUCCCUGGAGGAGAGGGGAUCUCCUUUGCACAUCUUUCCAUUUGUAUCCCUUCCUUUUCCUUCAUCUUUUUUGCAGUGCUUUCGGCAUUCUCAGGGCUUUCUCCUCUCUUCCUACUCGAUCCCGUCCCUUUUCUUUGCCCCAGAAUAAGCCCUGCUGUAUUACUGUUCCUGAGCAAAAUCUUCCUUCGGUAUCACACUUUCCUCUCUCCUUCAUUCCCUGUUGAUUUAACAAGAGUGUUCUCUAUCCAUGGCACCAACAUGCAACAUAAGUGAUCUGUUGAGAGAAAAAUGUUGGCUUUGGGUUUUAUCGAUUGCGUCCAUGAAAGCAUAAUACAAGCGCGUGUAGAGGCUAUGACUUAACGAGGUGUUUUUUUUUUUUUUUUUGAAUGGUUGGUGGAAGAUUUGCUGUGAUCAACUAAAAAAAAAAAAAUGAUGCUUUACUUGCAUGAGGGAAUGCUGUACAUUUUUGGGUGGAGAGUCAAAUAAAUGUACGGAUUUGAAUUCCUGCCGAAAGUACUUGUACAUUAAUGCAAUCCAAAAUCAUAAAAACGUUCUAAUUAUUUACACUUUUCAUGGGCUUGUACUUUAUGGAUUUGCACACAUUACCACUUUGCAUAUGUAGUUUUGCCAGUUUAGAGCUGCAGCUUGUACAUUGUAGUGUUUCAGCUCUGGCCUCUCAUCUCUCUGUUCUGAGAGAACAAUAACAGCUGCAGAUUUAGAAAUAUAAUUAUGAAAUUGCGAUUACAAAAUGUUAUACUGAUGUACGUAUAAUAUUUCGACUGGUGGGGUUUUUUUUCCAUUUGAAAAAUUUCCAUGACACAAGUCUGAGUCACUCUGCAAAACCUUUUGCACAAUGUCAGUCUGCAGCUUAUCUUGACAUGCUCGACAUUGGCAACACAAAUAGAAACUAAAUAAAUAUAUAAUAUUACCAAAAACUAUAACACUAAACUAUACUAUAACUUACUGGCAUGCAAUAACCCAACUGUUUCCAGUUGAGUUCAGUUCUUUCCAAUCAUUAUGGCAGGAAAUGUCUUUUUUAAAAAUAAAUAAAUAGAGAAAUAUUUUGUUUUGUGAAAUAUGUAUCGAGUCUGAGCAAGAGGAAAAAUGUAGAUAAGAACUCUUUGGGCAUGCAGUGUUUUCGUCAUUUGUCCUUGUCUGUGUACUUGUGAUUUGUAACUCGGAAGCUACUGCAUCGUUUUCUUCUUGACCAACACGAUGUUGAGAGGUUUUAUGUCCGAGUCUGCUGGAUUGAGUGCCCGUUUGGUUUGGAGUUGGCCUAAUAAUAGUUUUGCCCCAGGAGUGAAAUCUGAACCGAAUAACAAUCAAGAUAUGUUGGUGUAACUGGUUCUAGCAUUUGGGACAUGGAUUUUCAUUCAUUAAUGAUGCUUCCAUGGCUACAUAGCAACAGCUAAUCUUUUGGGUUUGGGGUUUUAUAAAAGUGACUUUCUCAGAUGUUAUUUUUAUCUGUAUCUUGCUAGCUUACCUCUCAUUACAUGCCUGAUUGAUUUUUUUUUUUUGUAUGAAAUGAAAUUUCAAUUAAUAAAACAUGGUAGUUGAAAUACA